AUGUCCCUUCCUCACCCUAAUCCUAUGCCAUCUUACUGGCUAUCGUUUGCCUCCGAUCUCACAAAGCAUCGGACUACCGAGUCUCUUCCACAAGAGGUGGACGUAGUGAUCAUUGGCUCUGGUUUCGCCGGUGCAGCGGCUGCCUAUCAUAUCUUGGAAAAGGAUGACGGCAACCGACCAUCGACAGUUAUCCUCGAGGCCCGCGAUGUAUGUUCUGGUGCUACAGCGCGGAACGGUGGACAUCUCAAGCCGGACUUAUACAUGAACGCCAUCCGGUCAGAGCAGAUGUUUGGAGUGCGUGUCGCAGAAGAACUCUCAAGAUUUGAGACCCAGCAGGUCAUGGAUGUCAAGAGGCUGGUGGAGAAGGAACGGAUCGACUGUGACUUUGAGCUUACGAGGGCCAUUGACGUUUUUGUGGAUCGUCGCGUCGCAGAACCGACCAUCGCAGCCUUUAGCGACAUGAAGGCCAGAGGUUACCGCUUUCCAGAUGACCUGCAUUUCAUUGCGGAUCCGAAGAAAGCCGAGCAGGUGUCCGGAGUCAAGGGUGCAUUGGCAGCCUUUACCUUCACUGCCGGAUCGAUCUGGCCGUACAAGAUGGUGUCUCACCUUCUCCGUCGCUGCCUGGAGUGGGGUGCCAAUCUCCAGGCCAACACUCCCGUUCUGGAGAUAUCAGAAUCCCCUGCCAGCGCUGGCCGAUGGAUCUUGAACACUCCGCGUGGAGAAAUCCGGGCGAAGAAAGUGGUCAUCGCGGCCAAUGCCUACGUUCCGUUGUUGCUGCCUGAAUUGAGUGACAAGAUCACUCCGGCAAGAGGGAUCGCUUGCAGAAUCGCUGUUCCAGAGCAUGGGAAGAUGGCUCCGCAUCUGAACAAUUCCUACACCAUUCGGUAUGGGCCUCAGGAAUAUGAUUACCUGAUUUCGAGAACCGACGGCAGCAUAAUUGUUGGAGGUGCGAAACAGGCUGUCUUGCUCAAUGAUUCUUACUGGCACAACAAUAUCGAUGACUCCCAACUCAUCCCUGGAGCAGCAAAAUACUUCGACGGGUACAUGCAGCGGAUGUUUCACGGCUGGGAAGACUCUGGCGCCAAAGUCACCGAUGUCUGGACAGGGGUGAUGGGUUAUUCUUCCGACUUGAUGCCUUGGGUUGGGGAGAUCCCCGGGAAACCCAGAGUUUAUAUCACUGCUGGGUUCACCGGCCAUGGCAUGCCGCGAAUUCUUGGGUGCUCUGCCGCGGUUGCAUCAUUAGUUCGUGGCGAUGUGCGAUCCCUGAGCGAGACCCCAAUCCCUCCACCUUAUUGGAUGACCCAAGACCGACUGGAAACGAAGAAGAGUAUGACUUGGGAGUACAUGGCAGGCUCUCGACCUUUGCUAUGA